AUCAAAAAAAAAAAAUGUAUCAACCAAACUUACAACCAAUCAUACACCAAAAGUAGGUGAACACCUGCUAGUUGAUCAUCUCAUUCUAAAAUAAUGGCCAUUAAUAUGGAGUUGAGCCCUGCGUUUGCUGCUAUAACAGCCUCCACUCUUCUGGGAAGGCUUUCCACUAGAUGUUGGAACAUUGCUGCUAUAACAGCCUCCACUCUUCUGGGAAGGCUUUCCACUAGAUGUUGGAACAUUGCUGCUAUAACAGCCUCCAGUCUUCUGGGAAGGCUUUCCACUAGAUGUUGGAACAUUGCUGCUAUAACAGCCUCCACUCUUCUGGGAAGGCUUUCCACUAUAUGUUGGAACAUUGCUGCUAUAACAGCCUCCAGUCUUCUGGGAAGGCUUUCCACUAGAUGUUGGAACAUUGCUGCUAUAACAGCCUCCACUCUUCUGGGAAGGCUUUCCAUUAGAUGUUGGAACAUCGCUGCUAUACCAGCCUCCAGUCUUCUGGGAAGGCUUUCCACUAGAUGUUGGAACAUUGCUGCUAUAACAGCCUCCACUCUUCUGGGAAGGCUUUCCAUUAGAUGUUGGAACAUUGCUGCUAUAACAGCCUCCACUCUUCUGGGAAGGCUUUCCAUUAGAUGUUGGAACAUCGCUGCUAUAACAGCCUCCACUCUUCUGGGAAGGCUUUCCACUAGAUGUUGGAACAUUGCUGCUAUAACAGCCUCCAGUCUUCUGGGAAGGCUUUCCACUAGAUGUUGGAACAUUGCUGCUAUAACAGCCUCCACUCUUCUGGGAAGGCUUUCCACUAGAUGUUGGAACAUUGCUGCUAUAACAGCCUCCAGUCUUCUGGGAAGGCUUUCCACUAGAUGUUGGAACAUUGCUGCUAUAACAGCCUCCACUCUUCUGGGAAGGUUUUCCACUAGAUGUUGGAACAUUGCUGCUAUAACAGCCUCCAGUUUUCUGGGAAGGCUUUCCACUAGAUGUUGGAACAUUGCUGAGGGGACUUAUUUCCAUUCAGUCACAGGAGCAUUAGUGAGGUCGGGCGAUUAGGCCUGGCUAGCAGUCGCUGUUCCAAUUCAUCCCAAAGGUGUUCGAUGGGGUUCUGGUCAGGGCUCGGUGCAGACCACUCAAGUUCUUACACACCAAUCUCAACAAAUCAUUUCUGUAUAGUGCUUCGUGCGCGGGGGGGCUUUGUCAUGCUGAAACAGGAAAGGGCCUUCCCCAAACUGCUGCCACAAAGUUGGAAGCACAGAAUCAUCUAGAAUGUUGUAUGUUGUAGCGUUAAGAUGUCCCUUCACUGGAACUAAAGGGGCCCGAACCAUGAAAACAAGCCCCAGACCAUUAUUUCUCCACCAAACUUUACAGUUGGCACAACGCUGUCGGGUAGGUAGCGUUCUGCUGGCAUCCACCAAACCCAUCGUAGUAUUGUGGGCGUCUGCAUGGCCAUGAAAACCCAUUUCAUGACGCCCCAGAAGAACAGUUAUAGUGUUGACGUUGAGAGGCAGUUUGGAAUUCGAUAGCCGUGAGCGUAUUGCAACCGGGGACAGACAUUUCUUAUGCACUUCAGCACUCGGCUUUCCCAUUCUGUGAGCUUGUGUGGUCUACCACUUCACUGCCGAGCCGUUGUUGCUCCUAGACGUUUCCACUUUCCACAAUAACAGCACUUACAGAUGACCGGGGGGCAGCUCGAGCAGGGCGGACAUUUGACGAACUGACUCGUUGGAAAGGUGCUACGACGGUGUCAUGUUGAAAGUCACUGAGCUCUUCGAAUACGGUGUCAGCCAGCCUACUGCCAAUGUUUGUCUAUGGAGAUUGCAUGGCUGUGCGGUUGAUGUUAUACACCUGUCAA